AUGGCUUCCACCCUUAUUGAUUGCAUUCAUUCUGCUUUACAUGAAGUUGAUAUGCUUAUCCAUAGGACCCCUCUUCAUUUAGGGAACUCCUUAAUUCGUUAUAAGCAACUGAAAAUUAGGCUAGGAAACCUCAAAAUGGUUGUUUCCUCUGCCACAAAGUUGGACUUCAACUUUAGUCCAUCAUAUUUGGAAAAGACUGAAGUUAUUGUCCGUAAAAUUGGAAGCUAUGUUCCCAAUCUUGAACGUGAAGGUAAAUUUUUUUUCCUGACAUUCUUUUAUAAGGUAAAUGAAGACAUUAAAUCUCUUCAUACACUCACAAAAGAAUUGUACCCGGCCCUGUUAGACGCCCGGCGUCAAUCAAGUUGUCUCACGAUAGAUAAAGUCUUGGAUUUCAUCAGUUUAUCACUUGAGAAUGUAAAAAGUUUUCAGGAUUCGGCGAGAAUCCCCGUCGAUUUACAUGAUGCAAUCAAAGCCUUGGAAGAGCAGAUGACAUUCUUGAAAAGUCUCGUCGUCUUUGUGGUACAGACAAAUAUUGAGCCAAACAAUGAUUUGUUGGCUCAUGUUGGAGCAGUUGUCAUUGAGGCUGCAUUUCUCCGUUUCGAUGAUGGAUUUUGUCAAGAAACUUACGGAGUAUUGGGGUUGGAAAAAAGAGUUGCACAAAAAAUGGUGUUGGAGAUUUCAACAUUGAUCCAAAAGAUGGAGCCUGUUCAUCCCCACGUCGGCAAAAUUUACACUGAAGCACUGAAUAGCUCAAAGUUGACCGCAAGAUUAUUACUUUCUCCGGCUGAUCGCGGUACAGAAAGUGAUGCUGAAUCCCUUGUUGCAACACAGAACCUCCUGUCUUCCCUCGUAUCAAUUCUUUAUCGGAAGCUUACACAAAGCGGUCGAGUUGUGGAUCCUAACAGGGAUCAACUGCGACAGUUAUAUGAAGGACUAAGAUCUUUGAGGAAAUCGGUUACCAAGCAACUACCAAACAAACUUGAUCAGAAGAAUAUUCAGGGAGACAUUGUUUCUGUGGUAUGUGAUGUCGCAGUAUUCAUUUGCUCAUUCCAGCAAAGUCAUGAUCAGGAAGCAGGCCUAAUUUGUAUUGUUCAGCAGUCGUCUGAAACAAUCAAGAAAAUUCUGUCAAACCUUGGAGUUGGAGAGAAAGAUGCACAAGUUCCACUUUGCAACUCUCGCAGCACGACUCUGUUGGCUUUUUUCGACUUUUUGAUUGAAAAGUUGAUGGAGCUGACAAGCAACAAUGUUGAACUGACGGCUAUCCAACAAGAACUUGAUUCCUUGAGAUCUUUGUUGGGGGACAUUGUGGAGCAGCCAAAUGUUCAAGGGGAACUCCAAGAUCUGAAAGGUCGUAUUUUGGAGGUAGCAUACAGGGUGGAAGAUCUCAUCGACCACUCCUUACUGGUUGGCAGUCCCCCAAAUUCUCUUUCAGAAUUAUCUUUUUCUAUCAAGAAAGACAUCAGCAAUAUAAUGUCAGAAAUCACAUUCACGAAGAAACCAGAAAUCCAAGGGAAGAAAUCAACGGCGAGUCAAAGCCAGCUGGUGAAAUCAACUUCUCCCUCAAUGUCGACAAAAGAAAUUGUUGGCUUUCAUGAUGAGGCAACAUCAAUAAUAAAUCGCCUGAAGAGAGGAUCCAAAAAUUUGCGAAAUGGAGUGCUACUUGAUCUCCUAAAACAAGUUGAUCCUGGAAAAUAUUCCAAGGUUACUUCGGAGGCAAAUGCAGAUGAUGUAGCCGAGCAGUUACGGCGCAGUUUGAAAGGGAAGCGAUAUCUCAUUGUUCUGGAUGAUAUUUGGGAAGCUAAAGCCUGGCAACAGUUGCAAGCAUCAUUCCCUGAUGAUUCCAAGGGGAGUAGAAUCAUUUUUACAAGUCGUCGUCAUGAUGUUGCUCCUCCAGAGAUGCUCGAUGAAGAAAAUCACUUUGAACUAAGACUUCUCAAUGAAAACCAGAGCCUGUAUUUAUUGCAAAGUCAGUUAUUCGGGAAAAAUGAUUGGCCCACUGAACUAGAUGACCUUCGGAUGAAAAUUGUUGAAAUGUGCAAUGGAUUGCCUCUGACAAUCAUCCUUGUGGCAGGAAUUUUAAGAUCCAUGGAGCCAAAUGAUUGGAAGAGGGUCAUAGAUAGUGUAAACCGUGGCAGUUUAGCAGAACGUUGCAAAGAUACACUUGAGCUCAGCUACAGACAUCUACCUGAGCAUUUGAAGCCAUGUCUAUUGUAUUUUGCGGCGUUUCGAGAAGAUCAACAGGUCUUGGUCAAGAGGUUGCUUGCAUUAUGGAUGGCUGAAGGGUUCAUCCGGAAAGUGGAGACGAAGCGCCUGUCAGAUGUUGCUGGAGAGUAUCUGAAUGAUCUGAUAGGAAGAAGUUUACUAAUGGUUUCCAAAGUGACAUCCACGGGCCGAGUGAAAAGGUGCAGAGUCCAUGACUUGCUGCAUGAAUUCUGCUCACAAAAGACGAAAGAGGAACAGUUUUUCCAUUUCCUGGAAGGAGGCUACGAUGAAUUAGUGUUGGAUUUGGAACAAAUUCAUUUAGAUGGUGGAAUUCCUUGCGAGAUAGGAGAGCUUGUUGGGUUGGCUUACCUUGCCAUUGGAGGUUCUGUGAGGGAAAUUCCGCAAUCUAUAGGUAAACUCUCCAAUUUGAAAACUUUUAUAAUAAUUGGAGAUCUUGGUGAAGACCCAUUCUUACCAGAGAGUUUCUGGAAUUUGCGGAAAUUAAAUCAUCUUUCCUUCGCCUUAUCCGAUGGUCGGCUUUAUUUUGUGAUGGGUUUGAGGUUGCCCUGUGAAAAUCUAGAGAACUCAUCUGAUCUAGGUGAGUUGGAAAGGAUUUCUGGCGUGGGUAUUCCUUGUGAUCGCGUGGAGAGAGUAUUGAACAAGUUUCCAAAUCUUCGUGACUUGAAAUUUCAGCUGUGCGGAUUAGAUAAUCAUGAUGGAGAUCCUGUUGUCCAGGCUGUUGUAGUUCCUGACAUUUUGACUCAACUAGAGUCACUUUUCGUCUACAAAGAUCCAAAUGUGAAGUCUAAGGUUGAGUUUGGUUUGCCAGCAAAGCUGAUGAAACUGACAUUGGGAUCAUUUGAACUGACUGGGAGGUUUCUUUCAGGCAUUAGUAAACUCCCACACCUCGAGUAUCUAAAUUUAUAUGGUACAGACUUCGAAGGUAACACAUGGAGGAUGGAAGAAGAAGAGGGGCAAUUCUCCAAACUUAGAAUCUUGAAACUGCGAUCCUGCUUCCUUCGCUCCUGGAGUGGCGGUGAUGAUGGCGAAGAUCAAUUUGGUUGUCUUGAGAAGUUGGUUCUUUCUGAUUGCCGCAGUUUGGAAGAGAUGCCUGCUUGUUUUCAAAGCAUUCAGACGCUUCAGCUGAUCAAGUCCACUGAUUGUACUCCGACUGUGACAGAUUUAGUGAAGAAGAUUGAAAAAGUGCAGACAGAUUAUGGAAAUACCAAUCUAAAGAUCAUUGUUUCUAAUGAGGUUUCUUGGAGAAAUUAA